AAAAGACCCACGUGUGAUUGCACGCUUAUAACAGUCGCAAUUUUUUAUAUACCUACCGUUUUUAAAAUAAGUGUUUUAUAGUUAAACAUUGACAAAAAAUGCGAGAAAUUGUGCAUUUACAGGCGGGGCAGUGCGGCAACCAGAUCGGCUCAAAGUUCUGGGAGAUAAUAUCGGACGAGCACGGAAUAGACCAAACGGGUCACUACAUAGGUGACAGUGAUCUGCAGCUGGAGAGGAUACAGGUGUAUUACAAUGAAGCAGCUGAUGGUAACAGAUUCGUUCCGAGGGCGGUGCUCGUCGAUCUCGAACCGGGAACGAUGGACGCUAUUCGUUCCUCAUCCUACGGCCAACUCUUUAGACCUGAUAACUACGUGUUCGGACAGAGCGGCGCUGGCAAUAACUGGGCAAAAGGUCACUACACUGAAGGCGCGGAACUGGUCGACUCCGUGAUGGACGUCGUGAGGAAAGAAGCUGAGCCUUGCGACUGUUUACAAGGUUUCCAACUGACCCACUCUCUGGGUGGUGGUACGGGAUCGGGUCUGGGAACGUUGCUACUGAGUAAGCUGCGCGAGGAAUACCCGGACAGGAUCAUCAAUACCUUCAGUGUCACUCCUUCCCCUAAGGUAUCAGACACGGUGGUGGAACCAUACAAUGCGACCCUGUCCGUCCACCAGCUGGUCGAAAACACCGACGAAACAUUUUGUAUCGACAACGAAGCUCUUUACGACAUCUGCUUCAGAACUCUGAGACUCUCCUCGCCGACGUACGGCGAUUUGAAUCAUUUGGUAUCCCUCACGAUGUCAGGAGUGACCACAUGUCUCCGUUUCCCGGGACAACUCAACGCUGAUCUGAGGAAGUUGGCGGUCAACAUGGUGCCCUUUCCGCGACUGCAUUUCUUUAUGCCUGGUUUCGCGCCCCUAACUGCGCGUAACAGUCAAGGUUACAGAGCCCUCACUGUCGCAGAGCUGACACAACAGAUGUUCAGCCCGGUGAACAUGAUGGCGGCCUGCGACCCUCGACGCGGUCGCUACCUCACCGUGGCCGCCAUCUUCCGCGGUAGGAUGUCCAUGAAGGAGGUCGACGAACAGAUGCUCAGCGUUCAGGACAAGAACAGCAGCUACUUCGUAGAAUGGAUACCAAAUAACGUGAAAGUGGCGGUGUGUGACGUGCCACCGCGUGGGCUCAAGAUGGCCGCCACGUUCGUCGGAAACUCGACCGCUAUACAGGAGAUAUUCAAACGCAUCUCUGAGCAGUUCACUUUGAUGUUCAGGAGAAAGGCCUUCCUACACUGGUACACUGGCGAGGGUAUGGAUGAAAUGGAGUUCACUGAAGCAGAGAGCAACAUGAACGAUUUAGUCUCAGAGUAUCAACAGUACGAGGAAGUCGGUGUCGAUGAUGAAUUCGACGAACAAGAAGAAGCGCCGGCCGAAGAGGAAUAUCCCGAAGAAUAAUUUAAUAAUUAUUUUCUAUUUAAUCUACCCGAAGUUCCUGAUUCUAUAUUAAUUUAUUAUCUGUAUUUU